CCAAUCAAAUGUUGCGGCGCCAGAUGUUUGAAUUGUGCGUUGUGAACGUUUGUUUCCUUCGACUGUUAAUGUGGUUUUUACGUGUUUAGCGGAUCGGAUACGGUUACGCAUAAGGUGUACAGAGCCUUUAAAGAAUGGCAAGAGAAAGGUGUCUGAAAAAGGCCUUCCAGGACAGCCUGGAAGAUAUAAAGGAGCGCAUGAAAGAGAAGAGAACAAAAAGAUUGGCAAAAGUGGCCACAGUCAACAAGACCUUAUCUACAAAAGUCAAGAUGCUAAGUAACAGCUCUGUGGCAAUAAAAAGUUUUCAAGCCAACAACAAAGCAUUGGCCCUGGCCCUGGAAGCAGAAAAAGCUAAAACUAGACAAGCUCAGGAUCUCAUUUUACAUUUAAAGAGAGAGCACCAGAAACUGAUGUUUGAGAUAUUCCUGUUAAGGAGGAAGCUCAGCUUGCAGCACGGAAGAGAUUCUGCAGACGCCAAGCUUGCAUCUUUGAAAGACAUAAUUGCCAAAGUUACUCACAAUUUACUAGAGACCGCAAACCUUCUUGGACCUGCACAGGCUUUGUGUUCUGAUUAUAACACGGGUUCAUCCACUGUGCAAACAAAACAUUCAGGAACUAGCAGCCAAAUGGGACUACCGCAACGUGUUCCUGCUUCUGAGGCAAGUACGACUUCUAGAAUGCCGACUGACCCAUGUACUGAAAACAUAAACUACCAUGACAAUGUUUCUGAAACUUCUGGGAAGACAACUUGUAUUACCAAAGAAUGGAGAUCCAGUACACAUGAAGAAGUAGGAAAGCAGGUCCCAGAGGACAAGGUUGAAAGCGUGAAUUUGCAUAGAAACGUGUCUACCAGACGGCGCCCUUCUAACUUGAGUGUGUGGAGAGAAGAGCAUGUUUUUGUAGAGCCACUAGAAGAUGUCCGUUUAAAUACAGGGUGCAGUCUCCCUGAACAAGAAAUAAAUGCCUCUAUGGAUGAAUGUUUUUUAAAAAGUGAUGAAGGAAUAGACAAAGCUGAUCAGAUUCCAAGUCCAGCUAAAGAAGAGUUUAUUCCGGAUUCAAAAAUAGCAAGUUCAACUCCAGAGCCAAAGACAAAACAAUUAACUAUCAAGAAUAAAGAUGAGGCUCGCACUGGCAGAGACAGAGUUCGAAAAGGCAAAGCCGAAAGGACCUGUAGUGUCCCGUUAAAAAAGCCGUGGGAAAAUUCCAAACCCAGAGCCAGAUCAAAGAGUAGAGAACGGGGUGCAAGUAAGAAAGGCGCUUGCAAUGAAAAAAUGAAUGCGUCACUAAAUUCUGGCGAUGCCUACGACUUUGUCUUUGAAGAAAGUGUACAUGUCACCCCAUUCCGGCAAAAUAUACAAGAGGAGGAAAAAGACCCAGCUGAGAGCAGGUCCAAAAGCAGCAGUGAUGAUGAGAUGGAAGACAGCUUGUAUGUGCCAUUCAAAGAGAACUCAAAAAACAAAACUCGGGAGCAAAGUAGUGUUUCAGUUCCUCCAAGACCUAGAUCAAAACGAAAUGCAACUGUGACACAUCUGCACAAAGAAACUAAGAUAGACCUACAGACAGAACAAGCCAACAUAAAGAAGAAUCCAAAAAAAGGUUUGAAAGUUAAGCCAGAGGAUUCUUUGGAGAGCCAAACUAAUGAAGUUUCGGAGACCGCUGAAACUCAACUAGAAAACCCAUUAGUAACUUGUGUGGAUCAGCAUAUCGGAAACAGUGGCUGCCUUCAGCUUAAUGUUUCUAAAGAAGAACAGGAUAUUAACACAAACAAUUGCUCGAGCAGGAUUAUUGAUGAACCCACUGCGGCUCCUCCAACUCCUCGCUUCAGCCUGUCUGAUGUCACGAACUUGUCGGGUAGUGCAGAUGCUAAAAAGCGUUCCUGCCCACUUUUCACUGAAGACGGGAAGAAACCUGGAACACCCAUGCGAAAACGGCGUUGUACAGUAACAAUGAAUUAUGCCGAGCCAAAGCUGAAUGCGAAACUAAGAAGAGGGGAUCCUUUCACAGAUACAGAGUUUUUAAAUUCUCCUAUUUAUAAACAAAAGGAUGCACGGAAAUCACUUACAAAAAAUAGAUCUUUGUCACGAUACAAUGAAGCCUUUGUUGGCUGCAGCAGAUGACAAGGUGAUAUAUUGACUGGUAAGAAGCAACCGCACGUUCACAGACAUCAGACUGCAUUAUGGGAAAUUACUAUGUAAUCAUGGGUAAUGGACUGCAAGCUCCUUGGCCAGGGUUGUCCGACAGAUGGGCUAACCAACAGCAUAUAGGUUUUGCAGGGUUUGAGAAAUGGAUCCAAUUAAACCAAUGCCUGUGUGUGAUAUACCAUCAUUGGAGUUUCCUCUAAACAGUUAAAAUGGUCAUUAUCAGACUCGGGGCCAUGGAAAUUAUUCUACAUGUGUUUUGUGAAUAGUUUUUUUUUUCUUUUUAGAAAUGUAUUUAAAUAUGGUUUUGUAAACUAUAAAUGUAAUAAAAUGUAAAUGUCUAGUAUUUUGCUAUGAGGUAUGUUUUUGUCGUCUUCAAAAUCUUUGUCAUACUUUGUUUUCAAAAUGGAACUCCCUUUGCCUUGAGCAGAAGUUUUAUAUAAGUGACUCAGUGGUUCGUUACCGUAAAUUAACAAGCUUUUUCCUGUAUGACAUCUUAAUAAAAUUUGA